AUUUUGCAGCCAUGACUCUGCCCCACAACCCUGGGAACGUGGGGGGGCCCCAGCUCCCCCAGGCCGCGGAGGUCCACAGGCUGGAGCGCCGCCAGGAGGAGGAGCGGGAGGAGCAGCGGCAGCACAGCUUGCGCAUGGGCUCGUCGGUGCGGAGGCGGACCUUCCGCAGCAGCAGCGAGGAGGAGUACCAGUUCAGCGCCGCCGACUACGCCCUCGCGGCCGCCCUGGCCCUGACCGCCUCCUCCGAGACGUCUUGGGAGGCCCAGCUGAGGCGCCAGACCUCCGCUGUGGAGCUGGAGGAGCGAGGGCAGAAGCGGGUGGGCUUCGGGAAUGACUUGGAGAGGACGGACGUCGCCUUCCUCCGGACCCAGUGGCUGCUGCGCCAGACACGCAACCGGAGGGCGCUGAGACGGCGGACAGAGGAGAAGGUUCGGGAGGCCAAGGAACUGAGGGAGCUGUGCUCCAGCCGGGGGCCCUGGUUCUGGAUCCCACUUCGCUCCCAUGCCGUCUGGGAGCACGCCACCGUCCUGCUGACCUGUACCAUCCAGGCCUCGCCUCCACCCCAGGUCACCUGGUACAAAAAUGACGUGCAAAUCGAUCCCCGCCUCUUCCCUGCCGGAAAGUACCGAAUCACCAAUAACUAUGGGCUGCUGACCCUGGAGAUCAGGAGAUGCACCGUGGAGGACUCAGCCACCUACAUGGUGAAGGCGAAGAACGCCUACGGCCAGGCCUCCUCCUUCGCCAAAGUCCUGGUCCGCACUUACCUGGGGAAGGAUGCUGGCUUCGACUCGGAGAUCUUUAAACGACUGAUGUUCGGCCCCAGCGUGGAAUUCACAUCGGUGCUAAAACCAGUCUUUGCCCGCGAGAAGGAACCCUUCUCCCUGACCUGCUUAUUUUCGGAAGCUGUAUUAGACGCUGAAGAAAACAUUCAGUGGUUCCGAGAUGGGAAGCUAAUGAGGUCCUCAGCACGCCGACAGACACUCUACGCUGACCGCCAGGCGUCCCUGAAGGUGUCCAGCGCCCACAAGGAGGACGAGGGGCUCUACACAGUCCGGGUGUCUUCGCCCUUUGGGCCCCGGGAGCAGAGCACCUACGUGUUUGUGAGAGAUGCUGCAGCAGAGAAGCCAGGGGCCCCAGGCUCCCCACUGAAUGUCCUAUGCCUGGAUGUGAACAGAGACUGCCUCAUUCUGACCUGGGUCCCGCCCAGUGACACUCGGGGCAGCCCGGUCACCGGCUACUCCAUCGAGCGGUGCCAGGGCGAGUCUGGGCAAUGGGUGCCCUGCCACGAGGCCCCCGGCGGGACCUGUCGGUGCCCAAUCCAAGGCCUCGUCAAAGGCCAGAGCUACAGGUUCCGGGUGAGAGCCAUCAACAAGGCGGGCAGCAGCCUCCCCUCCAAGGCCUCAGAGCCGGUUGUCAUGAGUGACCGUGAUGCAGCCCAGAGGAAGACAGAGAUUCCCUUUGACCUGGGAAGCAAGAUCAUGGUCAGCACAGAUGACCUUGAAGACUUCGUGACCAUCCCCUCACCCCCGACCAGCGUCCAUGCCAGCGAGGUCCGUGAGGCCUACGCAGUUCUGAGCUGGGAGGAGCCGAAACCCCGGGGCAGAGCUCCACUGACAUACUCCCUGGAGAAGUCAGUCAUAGGUAGUGGCACCUGGGAGGCCAUCAGAACUGAAAAUCCUGUGCAAUCCCUGAAAUUCGCGCUUUUGGAUCUGGAGAAAGGGAAGUCGUAUGUCUUCAGAGUGCGAGCGAUGAACCAAUAUGGCAUGAGCGACCCCUCGGAGCCCAGUGAGCCCAUCGCCUUGAGGGGGAAGCCAGCUACUCUCCCUCCUCCGGCUCAAGUUCAAGCUUUCCGAGACACGCAGACCUCUGUCUCUCUGACCUGGGAUCCUGUCAGAGAAGGCCCGGAGCUCCUGGGUUAUUACAUCUACUCCCGGGAGGCAGGAUCACCCGAGUGGCAAACAGUUAACAACAAACCCAUCCAGGGCACCAAGUUUACAAUUCCCGGGCUAAGGACGGGGAAAGAGUAUGAAUUUUGCAUCAGAUCAGUCAGCGAGGCUGGGGUAGGUGACAGUUCAGCGGCCACCGAACCCAUCAGGGUCAAGCAGGCUCUGGCUACACCUUCUGCCCCAUAUGAUUUCAUCCUCCUGAACUGUGGCAAAAAUGACAUGGUCAUUGGGUGGAAACCUCCCAAGCGUCGUGGAGGUAGCAAGAUCCUGGGCUACUUCCUGGACCAGCACGACUCAGAGGAGCUGGACUGGCACCAGGUCAACCAGCAGCCUGUCCCCACCCAGGUCUGCAAGGUCAGCAACCUUCGUGAGGGCCACUUCUAUGAGUUCCGUGCCCGGGCCACAAACUGGGCAGGUGUCGGCGAGCUGUCGGCGCCCAGCAGCCUGUUUGAGUGCAAAGAGUGGACGAUGCCCCAGCCAGGUCCCCCAUAUGACGUGCGGGCAUUCGAGGUGCGGGCCACCUCCCUGAUGCUGAAGUGGGAGCCCCCACUCUACACGGGGGCCGGGCCAGUCACAGGCUACUGCAUCAGUUUCCAGGAGGAAGGCUCUGAGCAGUGGAAGCCAGUCACCCCAGACCCCAUCUCUGGCACCCACCUGAGGAUCUCGGACUUGCAGCCGGGGAAGAGUUAUGUGUUCCAGGUGCAGGCUGUGAAUUCAGCGGGUCCAGGGCAACCGUCCAUGCCCACAGACCCCAUACUCAUGGAGGACAGGCCAGAUGCCCCAGAGAUCAAGGUUGGUGUGGAUGAAGAAGGCUUUAUCUACUUGGCUUUCGAAGCCCCUGAGGCCCCCGACUCCUCAGAGUUUCAGUGGUCCAAGGACUACAAGGGCCCACCAGAUCCCCAGAGGGUCAAGAUCGAGGAGGAAGUAAACAAGUCCAAGGUCAUCCUGAAGGAACCUGGCCUCGAGGACUUGGGCACCUACUCAGUGGUGGUCACCGAUGCGGAUGAAGACAUCUCAGCGAGCCACACGCUGACUGAGGAAGAGCUGGACAAGCUGAAGAAGUUGAGCCAUGAGAUCAGAAACCCAGUGAUCAAGCUGAUCUCCGGCUGGAACAUUGACGUCCUGGAGCAAGGAGAGGUGCGGCUUUGGCUGGAAGUAGAAAAGUUAUCUCCGGCUGCAGAGCUGCAUCUCAUCUUCAACAAGAAGGAGAUCUUCAGCUCACCGAAUCGCAAAAUCAAUUUUGAGCGAGAGAAGGGCCUAGUGGAAGUGAUCAUCCAGAACUUGUCUGAGGAUGACAAAGGGUCGUACACAGCUCAGCUCCAAGAUGGAAAAGCCAAAAACCAGAUCACCCUGGCCCUGGUGGACGACGAUUUCGACAAACUUCUGAGGAAGGCAGAUGCUAAGAGAAGAGACUGGAAGAGAAAACAGGGUCCCUAUUUCAAGGAGUUCUUACAGUGGACGGUCACGGAGGACUGCCGAGUGCUGCUGACGUGCAAGGUGACCAACACCAAGCAGGACACCCGCUUCCAGUGGCUCUUCCAGAAGAAAGAGGCCCCGGAUGGCCAGUAUGACCCGCAGACCGGCGCGGGGCUUCUCUGCAUCGAGGAGCUGUCCAAAGAGGACAUGGGGAUUUAUAGAGCAGUGGUUUCUGAUGACCGAGGGGAGGACGACACCAUCCUGGACCUCACAGGGGAAGCCCUGGAUGCCCUCUUCACUGAGCUGAGCAGAAUUGGGGUCCUCUCUGCAACCCCACUGAAAGUCCAGGGGACUGAGGAGGGGAUCCGUGUCUUCAGCAAGGUCAAGUACUACAGCGUGGAGCACAUGAAAACCACCUGGUUCCACAAAGAGAAGCGCCUGGAGAGUGGCGACCGGGUGAGGGCUGGCACCACCCUGGAUGAGAUUUGGCUCCACAUCUUGGAUCCCAAAGACUCAGACAAGGGCAAAUACACCCUGGAGAUCGCUGCUGGGAAGGAAGUCCGGCAACUCUCGACGGAUCUCUCAGGGCAAGCUUUUGACGACGCCCUGGCUGAGCACCAGAGACUGAAAGCCCUGGCCAUCAUCGAGAAGAAUCGUGCCAAAGUGGUGAGGGGCCUGCCAGAUGUGGCCACAAUCAUGGAGGAUAAGACCCUGUGCCUGACCUGCGUCAUCUCAGGAGACCCUGCCCCUGAAAUUUCUUGGUUGAAGAAUGACCAGCCUGUCACCUUCCUUGACCGCUACCACAUGGAGGUGAGGGGGACAGAGGUCACCAUCACCAUCGAGAGGGUCAACAGUGAGGACAGCGGGCGCUAUGGCGUCUUUGUCAAGAAUAAGUAUGGCUCCGAGACGGGCCAGGUCACCAUCAGCGUGUUCAAGCAUGGGGAGGAGUUCAAGGUGCUGGAGAGGAUGUGAUCAGGCACCACCUGAGGUCUAGUCCACGUGGACCAGUAGGGUCAACCAGUGGGUCACAGCCUGGCACAGGCCCCAGGGGUGAGGCAGAGGGAAAAGGAUAGGGUGGAACCCGGGACAUAGGGGUGGGGUGGAAUGGAUACACCACAGUGGAAUUGCAAAGACCUUGCUGGGGUCCCAGGAGGCCUCCAGGAUAGGGAGAUCAGCCCUGGACUUGAAAUGACACCUACAUGCCAGACCCAACUUCAGCUCUCCACACUCCAUGAGCCUUGCCUUUCUCAUCCAUCAAACGGGAAUUCCUACAUCUACGGACUGUUGAUGAAGACACUUUACAAACCACAUACCAGUGGUUCUCAACCUGAGGGACAAAAGGCAAUGUCCAGAUUUUUGGUCAUCACAAUUGGAGGUGUCUGUUGGCAAAAGUGUCUAUUGGUAAAGGUCAGGGAUGCUGCCAAGCAGCCCAGCUCCCCACCACGUGGAAUUGCCCAAGCCCAAAUGACAACAGUGCCAAGGCUGGUUAGCCCUGCCAUCAAGUGAUAGAUCACAAUAUCCCACUUUUAGAAUAUAUUUUUCAUUCACAUAAGUUCAACAAACAUUCAUUUAAAGUCCAGCAUGCGCCAGUCUAAGGAUGUCACUGGGAGCACGAAGAUCAAUAAUAUUCAGGCCCUGCUGUCGAGGAGGCUUCAGCCCUUUGGGGGAGUUAGACCUGGGUCCAAAUGACUCUGGGACGAGGCAGAUGAUAAGCAUUAUAAAACAGGUGCAAAUAAAGUUCCACUCGUGGGCAAAGGAGAGAGACAGAUGUUCAUCCCAGUUGGAGAAGGAGGGCUUUACAACACCUUCACGGAGCUAGCAGGAUCGUGUUGGGCCCUGAACAAUGAGUCCAAUUUGGCGGCGGUGAUGGGAGGAGGGCAUUCAGAGGGGGCAUGGUGAGAGCAAUGGCGAGGAGUUGGAGCAACACUGGGUGCCAGGCUGGUGAGCUGGAUGACCUUCAGGACUUCUUCCAGCUCAGGGCCUCUACCUGCUGUGACAGAUACCGGUUGGCCUUGCUUGAUGGACCUCAGUUCAGAGCUGGGCAUUCACCACCUUCCAAUUUCCUUCCUUUUUCAAAUAAGAUUUGGAUUGGGUGGGUUUGUAAAGUUAUAGAUGUUUGUUGUAAACUUUUGGAAAACCAUGGAAAGUAUAAAGGAGAAAAUAAAAACCACCUAUAG